ACAUUAUGAGCUGCUGUCAGAGAACCCACAUGUACUGUGUUUCCACUCUGCACUGAUUCAACAUGUAAACCACUGGGAUGAUGCUGUGAAGAUGAUGUAGCUGCUGAUUUGGGGAUUUAUUCUUUAUUUUUUUUACAAACACACUGCUGAUAUGAAACAUAUGGAUUAUGGAUCUGUUAUGGAUAUGUUUCCAAAUCUUACUUUUCCUAAGUGUUUGUGUUGAUUCAUCGUUACCUGACGGUGAAGAUGCUUCUUGUGAUGGAGCCUUUGAUAUUUAUUUUGUUUUAGACAGGUCAGGCAGUGUGUUUGGACACUGGGAUGAGAUCUAUGGAUUCGUGGAGCAGCUCACCAACAGGUUUGUCAGUCCCAGAAUGAGGGUUUCCUACAUCGUCUUUUCAGCCAGAGCAGUAGUAAUACUGCCGCUAACUGGAGACAGGUCGAAGAUAGACGACGGUUUGGAGAAGCUGAGCCAAAUCACACCUGCUGGUGAAACUUACAUGCACGAAGGCAUGAAAGCGGUGUCAGAGCAGAUGAAGACACAAACCUCGCCUUCAUCCACCAUCAUCAUCGUUCUGACUGACGGCAAGCUGGACGUCUUCCCCUUUGAACUCACUGUGCAGGAGGCUGACAAAGCCCGAGGGUUUGGAGCCAGAGUGUACUGUGUCGGGGUCAUGGACUUUGACCACAAACAGCUUGCUGAAAUAGCAGACGGCACAGAGCAAGUCUUCCCAGUGCUGUCCGGGUUCCAUGCCCUCAAAGACAUCGUCAACAAGAUCCUGAAGCAGACGUGUGCAGAUGUAUUCACAAUAGAGCCGUCAAGUGUUUGUGUGAAUGAGUCGUUCAGUGUGGUGCUGAGGGGCAGCGGCUUCAGCGGAUCCAAGAGGACAGACAACUUAAUCUGCUCCCUCACUGUCAAUGAAAACACAUACGAUCAGAAGCCAAAAGUAGUUAGAGACGGCUAUCUGCUGUGUCCUGCUCCUGUUUUGCACGAAGUCGGACAAUCAAUUGAAGUGUUGGUCAGUCUGAACAAUGGUCAGUCCUACAUUUCCAGUCCCAUUACCAUCUAUGCAACAACAUGUUCAGAUGGGACCUGGGUCCUCUGGUUGCUGCUGGCCCUGUUGCUGUUACUGGUUCUGGCUUUACUCUGGUGGUUCUGGCCUCUUUGCUGCACUGUGGUCAUCAGAGACCCACCACCCUCUCGUCCACCUCCUCCACCUCCUGUUAUUGAGCCAGAAGAAGAUCCCUUACCCAAACACAGGUGGCCCACAGUGGAUGCUUCAUACUACGGAGGCAGAGGUCCUGGAGGAAUCAAACGCAUGGAGGUGCGUUGGGGGCAGAUGGGGUCCACAGAGGAAGGGUCUCGCCUAGAGAAAGCUAAAAAUGCUGUGAUCACUCUGCCUGAGGAAGUGGAGGAGCCCUUCGUGCCCCGACCUCCACCACGACCUCCUCCAGUCUACAACUCCCCAUCACAGUCUAAAUGGUACACUCCCAUCAAGGGGCGUUUCGAUGCAUUGAGGGCAUUACUAAGGAGACAGUAUGACAGAGUGGCAAUUAUGAGGCCAACACCUCAGGACAAGGGCCGCUGCAUUAACUUUUCCAGAGUUCAGAGUCACUGAUGUUCAAACAUGAGGAUCAACAUUUUUUCACUUUAUUCCAGUUUUUGGCCAAAGAUUACUAACAUGUACACUCAGAGAUGGUUGUUUUGUGUAUUGUAAAUAAAUGUCUUUACUUAUAU